AUGCUGGAUACCGCCAUGCCCGUCGGCCUCGGCGGCGUGGAAGACCUUUUCGGGGACGAGGUGCCCCUAUCUAUUCCGCCCAAGACCCAAGGUCGGCAUCUGUAUCAACGGCUAGAUGAGCUGCGAAAUCGCGGAUGUUGCCAAACGGUCGCCUGGUCUAGGGCAGGUAAUAUUGCGUCUAUUAGCCCUGAUGGGAUGAACCUGGAACUGCGCAUGCUUCGCGCCCACCCAUCGAAUGGUGUCUGGAAUCUGAGCGAACCUACCACGACGGAUCUUGUCAAAGGCAGCGUCGUCAAUCCUCUCGUGCACCUGGAGUGGAGUCCUACGACAGCGCCCGAUCUUGCCGUCUUUGACUCGGUAGGGCGUGUCAUGAUUAUGAACUUCCCGGUUUCCUUGAACAAUGCCUACGUUAAUCGCAAGUGGGAUGCCGAUACUGUCGACGACAUGAAUGUCGUUGUUGGAUGUCACUGGCUGCCGGUGGCUCCUUUAUCACAGUACGGCCCAGCUACUAAACCGUCCAAGUCGCAUAGAGUGUACCAGUACGAGAGCUCUUUCGUCCACGCAAUCGGCCCCCAUCAUCCGCACAUGUCCAAGAGCGCCUUAUUUUGCGUCACCAUGGGUGGCUUGUUAAAGAUGUACUGGAGUCAAAACAAUGGUAGAAUAGAAGAGACGACAAUGGAGCUGGAGAGCGUCUGUUCUUCCGAUGAGCUGGUUACACAUGCGUCACUGGCUACCGACAAGAAAUACAUCAUUAUUGUUGUCACGACAGCGACAAAAAAACUCAAAGUCAUCAAGCUGGAGAUUCAGUGGGCUGGGCCCGGCGCGGUGCAAGAGAAGACGCAGCUUUCUCAAACGGCACGAUUGAAUCCGUCACUAGUGGAGGAUCACCUGGCUACCAUCGACUGGCUUCAGAUGGUUGACGAGCCCUCAUUGCCCGAAUUCACGACCUUGCAAGCUCUGCCUUCCAUCAUCGAUAACGGCGGGAAGGCUGGCCUCCCACUCAUAAUUGGCGUUCGGGCUCGUUCAUCUGGCGUUGGCGGCUUCGAGAUGAUGCAGACGGUUAUAGAUCGUUGGGAAUGUGCCGAGCAGAAAUCAGCAAUACAGACAGCAUUUGAACAAAUUGGAAGUCGUCGCAACAGCGUCUCCAACAUUCAAGAGCUGCCUAUUUCUACACGGCUGAAGCGGCUGGACCCAAUCACAAUCAACAAGACUGUUAUUGGCGUGCAAGCUUCUCAGUAUGGCAAGGCCCUGGUUUUCAUCAUGUCUGACGGGUCAGUCGAGCACAGAGACCGCUUCACAUUUGAAGAGCUAUAUACAACUACCAAUGAGUCCAGAAUAAUGAAUCUCCGGGAGGCUGGCUGGGCCUUUAGCGAGGAGGGACCCUGCUAUCAAGCUGCCUUUUCGCCUACACAAUGCUCCAUGAUCCAGAUAGGUGACGACGGCAAGCUGAAAUGGAGCAAGCUGCAGCACGCGCAAGGCGAUAUUGGAGACUCCAACAACGACGGCGUAUACUGCGCCAGUAUAGCUGGACUCUCAAUUGCCGCCGCGGGCUGCGUUCAUACGCAAGCCAACUUUGACGAUUUGCUGGCUAUUGCGCACCCUUUGGCGGACAAGAAAAGGUUUACACAAGACUGGAUCCAAGAACUCAUCCGAAUACUGAAGAUUCAAGUCGACUAUUCACAGGAGAGCCACCAUGAGUCACUUAUGCGCAACAACUCGCUCCAUGCGUGUAUGAGUAUUAUGAACAGCCUUGGGUUCAAAGGAGAGCUUGCGCCUCGAUCGUUCCAGAGCAAGUUUGCCAACGUUUUCUUGAAUGUGCGCAUCAUCGUGAUUCUCACGACGGUCGCAUGCAAUACACCGUUACAAGCCAGAGACAAGGUGUCACCCCUAGAUGAACCAGGCAAGUCUUUUAUUUCGUACAACACGUGUUUGCCAUUGACACAUUCUGACCGAAUCAUAGAGGUGGUGGAAGCCCUAGCCGGAGAGCUCAAGUGGUCCAUCGAUCUACUUGCGUGGAUUUUGGACUGCCUGUUUGAACUGAUGAGCGACGAAACGUUUGUGCAACAUUUAAACGGCAAGCUCUCUACCGCUGCGGAGUAUCUGCAAGAACGCAAUGAUGUUGCGUUGCAUGUGCUGCUGUGUUCAUCUACGCGCAGCUUCCUGUUGGCCAUGUGCCGUCGGAUCGCGCACCUGGACGGUAUCAGCUUCCGCGCCGUAGAAUUCUACCGUAAGGAGGCGGCCGAGGCGGAGCAGUCCGGAGUGGCGCGACUGCCUAGCGGACAGCUGCAGCAGGCGUACCAGCGGAUGCAGCGGGUGACGAGCACGAGCCUGGUGCCCGUGGGCGAGUUUGAAAAGAUGCUCAACACGCUCGGCCACGACGUCAAGCAGGCAUACGCCGUGUACCUGCCGGCGCUGCUCAAGCAGAGCAGCCACCCGCCGCAGGGCAAGCAGAUUGACCACAUGGUGCGGUCGUCGCAGGCGCAGAUGGAAAUGGUGAUGCUGGUGUCGCGGCAGGUGCCGCCGGCGUUUAUGCCGCUGAUCAAGAAGUUUCUGAUGGACGACUUGCGGGCAAUGCGCGCGCAGACGGACCCGGCGCAGCUCUUUUUUGCCGACUACGCAGCGCUCGGCGUGCAGGACGACGCGUGCAGCCUGGCGGCGCGGGCGGCGCGCGGCGGCUCCUACUACGACGUGUUCAAGCGCGUCGAGCUCCGGCCGAGCGCGACGCUGGCGGUCAAGCCAUGGCGGCGGUGCGUCCGGUGCCCGGCGGUCAUGGAAGACGUGUCCUCGAACCGCCCGGGCGUUACGUACGUGGUGGCGCAGCAGAGAAAGUGCUCCUGCGGCGGCAGCUGGGGCCUGUUGGCCAAGGACAAGUUGGUAUUGUAG